AUCAACCAAAAACAAAGGGCAGUCAGUCCAAGGCAGUCGGGCAGUUUUCAUACAGUUUUGUUUCACUUGUUAAAUCCCAGACUCUGGAAGCGGCAGCAACAGAAUGGCUGACAACUCCAAGGAUAUGGAACAUGCCAGCAGCUGGUACUCAAGCCUCUACAAUUCCAUUAAACAAACGCCCAUCAAUGUUACCGUUCUGAUUAUAUCGACCAUCGUGUUCUACAAGGUGGUGAGUUUUAGCCGACGUCGGAGUCAACGUCGUCAGGAUCAGAAGGGCAAGACACCUGGCUCAAUAGACUUAAGUGAGCAUGAUGGACAGGGGAAACAGGAUGUGGAUCUUCUGCCUCUGCGGCAGGACUUUACGGUUCCGGAACUUCGGGAAUAUAACGGCACACGGGCGGACGGUCGCAUUCUGGUGGCCAUCAACUUUAAUAUCUAUGAUGUGUCGCGAUCUACACACUAUUAUGGUCGAAAUGGCGCUAAUCCAUUAUUUGCCGGUCGGGAUAUUUCGCGGAUUUUGCUCAAUUUACCGGUGAACUUGAAAGCGAGCGAGGAUUUUGAUGAUUUGAGUGACCUCUCAAGCCGCCAAAUGAACACAUUGCAGGAGUGGGAGCAGCAGUACAAGGAGAAGUACCCAUUUGUUGGAAAACUUACAGAGAAACACAUAAAUUAUACCGACGAGGAGGAUUUGGAAGUAGAGCCAGCUGUUCCGCUAGUGUGACUUUCUAUGUGACUUUCUUUUCAAAUAAUGUGCGCAUUGAUCCAAUAAUUGUAGCACCCUUAAUAAAAAGAACGUAGGCG